AAUGUGUUUGCGCAUGGGAGGAGUUCGUAAGACUUUAUUGAUCUGAGAUAGUAUAAAAACCAAAGUGAGUCUUAUUCUGUACAUUGUGCGUUUGAAUCGUCCAUAAUGAAGGUUACCGUCAUCCUCUUUCUCACCAUCACCCUGAUCUCUCAGGGCUACAGUGGGUCACUUUCUUGUAAAAGAAGAUGUGGAGAGUCCUACGAUCCUAUGAACGACUGCCACUGCGAUUCAGAGUGUCAGCAGAAUAAGGACUGCUGCAAAGACUAUAAAAAGCAGUGUGGUCGUCGAGCAUUAACCAAUGUCUCUGACGAGGAGAUCAAGGCUGUGUCUGAGACCCUGUACAAGUUGGACCAUAACAGGGCCACAGCCUCAGAACUGGUUAUUGAUUCUCAGACACUGAUCUCUUCUUCUCAGACCGGCUCGAAGGUUGACCACUCGCCAAGCCCAUUGUUCAAGCAAGUGAGCAGUACUUUGCUCGCCAAGCCCACAUUUAAAGCUCUGCUGAAUCUGUUAGACAACUACAACAGGAUGACAGGACAAGCAGAGGAUGUGCCCGCACUGGAAGAGCAGGAGCAAGACGCUUUCCUCCAAGCGACCAUGGUCGACACUGAUGUGGGCAAGGAGCUUUACAAAUUCCUCAAUUCUAAAGGCGUAUACUCUUCACAGAGCGAGUUUGUCCAGGAUCUGAAGAUGAUGUGGUUUGGUCUUUACUCUCGAGCUAACGGCCAACAGGACUCCAGCGCGUUUGAGCACACCUUUUCAGGUGAAAUUAAGAAUGGAAAGGUGUCUGGUUUUCACAACUGGGUGCAGUUUUAUCUGAAAGAGAAAGAGGGACUCCUGAAUUACUACAGCCAUAGUUUCAAUGGCCCUUGGACCUCAUUUCCUGAUGUGUUGGGCAUGCAGUUUGAAUGGGAUGGCUAUUUCAAAGAGGUCGGUUCUGCCUUUAUUGGCUCUAGUCCUGAAUUUGAUCUGGCUAUGUACAGUCUCUGCUACAUCACCCGCCCUGGCCAAAGGUGUUACGUGAGUUUGGGCGGACAGAGUUUGGGCAUUCAGACCUAUACAUGGGACAACAGCAGCUAUGGGGAUGGAAAGAAGUUCAUUGGGUCUGCUUACCCCGCCACUCCAUGAUUCUCUGUUGUCUGAAUAUCACUAUCAACAGACUCACAACCAAAACAACUUAUAUGUAAUCUUAAAUCUUCUUUUGGUUGUCUGAGGUUGAUGCUAGACCAAAUAAAACAAAAGAAUAGAAAAGCA